UGAUGGGAAAAGGCGAAGAGCGGGGGGGGAGUUAAGCGAAGGGCGGCGGGGCGCGCGCAUGCGCGUCCCCGCCGCUCUUUCGCUCUACGCUCCGCUCUGGGGCUCCUGUGAGGAGAAGGAGGUGGCGGCGACGAGGAGUCGCGGCGGCCGGUCCGGCGGCCCGAGGGGACGACGGAGGAAGACGAGGAGGCGGCCACGGCGGCCAGUGGAGGAGGCGUGGGGGGGGCGCCGUCUGCGACUACGUGGGGCGGCGCUGUGGGCCCUGAGUGACCCCCCGCCCGCCCGCCCGCCUCUCUCCUCAUCCCUCCCGCGCCCCCCUCAGGAGGGACCCAGCUGAGGCGCUUCCCCCGCGCCCGCAUCCCCCCGCCCUUUCCUCCUCCAUCUCCAUCCUCAUCCCGCCUGUGGCUUCUCCGCCGUGGGGGUGUCUGUAGACGCCACCGGUGACGAAGGCAACGCGCUGCUACUUCAACCGCCCGCCUCUCCCGCCCCCCCCCCCCAACCGCCCGCUCCCCUCCCUGCCACCCCCCCUGCGCUCGCCUCGCCUUCUCUCCCCCCCCCCCGCUUCUCUCUCUCUCCAAGCACUGGGUCAGGCUGUCAGGCAAGAGCGCCCACCUAGCCAAAGGGAGACGGGUCUAGGAAAAGGCUCGAGGGGAGGGACUGGGGCUGAGGAGUCUCAGGAGCGUCCCUGGGUGCUUCCUCUUUCUGCUGCUGGCUUUUCUUGUCACCCCUUUCUCGGUCUCGUCCAUCAUCCCAUUCCUUCCUUUCUGUCACCUGUCUGUGGGGUUUGUUUCUUUUUCCCCCCACCCCACCCCCCAAGCGCUGUCAGUUUCUUUUCUUCUCUGUUUGCUUCGCUUUCCAUUCAUUCUCUUUCCCGGUUUUCAUGCUACUCUUCCAAUCCUUUAACAUACAAGAGUUUCGAAUACUUCGAAUCCUCCUCUAGAUUUUUCAAGAACAAUUUCAACUCCCCUUGCCUUUUUUUUUCUUCUUCUUCUUUUCGGUCUUGUUCACCUUUAAUUCAAGACCGUUUUGUUUUCCUCCACUUCUGUUUCCCAUUUUGAUUAUUUAUUGCCUGGUUUUUACACAUACUCUCACAGCAGGCUCUCCCUAGGCUUUAAAAAAAGUUUUGUCUUUUCAACCCUUAUGUAUGUAUGCUGUUCAUCUUUGUUUAGUACACUGUCUGUAUCUAUGCUUUUGCUUCCCAAACUUUUCUCUUAAAGCAAAAAAUUAUUUCCUCUUAUAUUUUUGCACCCCUUAAUGAUUUCUCCUUUUUAAAGUGUUCGGUUUCCUGCUUUUUUACUUUGGCAUUUUCCAUCUUUUAACAAUUUUUCCUUUAUUUAUUUCUUCUCAGUUUUAGAAAGUGUUUGUCUUGUAGAAUUUGGACUCCUUUCUUGCCACUUCAUUCUAUUACUUUAAAAUAUUUUAAAUCCAUUCAUUUCAAAUCCAUUUCCCUUGUUUUUCUACAGUUUCUUCCUUUUCCCUUUAUGUUCUUUAUUCUUUACAAUAAUUUUUUUUAAAAAUCACACUUUUACCUGAUUGCUUCACAUUCCUUUUUGCAGUCUUGUUUUCUUGCUUGUUCUUUUACUGGUCUAUUUUCUGCCACUAGCUUUUCCUUUAAUCUUCUCUUUCAACUUUGUGCAACCUUAUGUUCUUUAUUGAUAAUUUAAAUUGCCUUAUUUAGCUUCCAAAUUUUAAAUCUUCAGUUUAUUUCCUUUGUUCUGUUUUCCCCCUCCAUUUUCAAUUAUCAAUCCCAUUCUUCCAUUCUUUCCUAAUUUUCUUCCCCUUAUUAAUUUUGGAAACUUUCAUUUCCGCUAACUUGAUGUCUCUUGACCUGUUCAACUCUGUGGAAGUUGUUCAUGUAUUUCCAAAUUUAAUAUAAAAGGUAGAUGGAUGUAUAUCCAGAGCAGAAAGGAGGAAAGCUGUAGAAGGCAUUCAGCAUCCUACAUGUUUUGACAAGAUAAAUGAAAAGGAUGUGGGAAUGGAAGGGGUGGGUUUGUCAGUACUCCUAACAUUUUUUAGGGGGGUGAACUUGCAUCCUUUUUCUGGAGGGGAGGGGGAUUGAGUUGAAAUUUCAAGACUGGCCCAGUUGAAGUGGAGAAGGUAUGGCAUUUUAGUACCAACUGCACCAGCCAUCUUGGGGGAAGGGGGUUUAUUGCAUGCUCAUACGCACAUAUACAAGCCUCCAUUUUCUCAGAUUGAUGAAGACAUAAAGGCCUGUUGCGCUCCAUGUUUUUGAAGGUGGGCAACUUGUUUAGGAAAGUGUAGAAACUUCAUUUUUGUGGCCAAAUGACAGCUUGACCCAGUUGUUAUCCAAUCAGAGGGCAUCAUCUUGAAUGUCUCUUUGUAGUGCUACAGUCAGCGCAAAAAUGAUGGCGGCUUACAAUGGCGGUACAUCUGCAGCAGCAGCAGGUCACCACCAUCACCACCACCAUCACCUUCCUCACCUUCCCCCUCCUCAUCUCCAUCACCAUCACCAUUCUCAACACCACUUGCACCCGGGUUCUGCAGCCGCAGUACAUCCUGUACAGCAACAUAGUUCUUCAGCGGCGGCGGCAGCAGCAGCUGCCGCCGCCAUGUUAAAUCCGGGGCAGCAGCAGCCAUAUUUUCCAUCCCCGGCACCAGGUCAAGCACCUGGACCGGCAGCAGCAGCCCCAGCUCAGGUACAAGCUGCAGCAGCUGCUGCAGUUAAAGCGCACCAUCAUCAGCAUACUCAUCAUUCACAACAACAACUGGAUAUUGAACCAGACAGGCCUAUUGGAUAUGGAGCCUUUGGUGUUGUCUGGUCAGUAACCGAUCCACGAGAUGGAAAGAGAGUUGCACUCAAAAAGAUGCCCAACGUCUUCCAAAAUCUGGUCUCUUGCAAAAGGGUCUUCCGUGAAUUGAAGAUGUUGUGUUUUUUUAAGCAUGACAAUGUACUCUCCGCUCUCGACAUACUCCAGCCACCACACAUCGACUACUUUGAAGAAAUAUAUGUUGUUACAGAACUGAUGCAGAGUGAUCUCCAUAAGAUUAUCGUCUCUCCUCAGCCACUCAGCUCAGAUCACGUCAAAGUUUUUCUUUACCAGAUUUUAAGAGGCCUGAAAUACUUACAUUCAGCUGGUAUUUUGCAUCGAGACAUUAAACCAGGGAACCUUCUUGUGAACAGCAACUGUGUUCUUAAGAUCUGUGAUUUUGGCCUAGCCAGGGUGGAAGAAUUAGAUGAAUCUCGUCAUAUGACUCAGGAAGUUGUUACUCAGUAUUAUCGGGCUCCGGAAAUCCUGAUGGGAAGCCGUCACUACAGCCAUGCUAUUGACAUCUGGUCUAUAGGCUGUAUAUUUGCCGAACUGCUGGGGCGAAGAAUAUUGUUUCAAGCUCAAAGCCCCAUUCAGCAGUUGGAUUUGAUCACAGAUCUUUUGGGGACACCGUCACUGGAAGCAAUGAGGACAGCUUGUGAAGGCGCCAAGGCUCACAUACUCAGGGGUCCUCAUAAACAGCCAUCCCUUCCUGUCCUGUAUACAUUAUCCAGCCAAGCUACACAUGAAGCCGUUCAUCUCCUUUGUAGGAUGUUGGUCUUCGAUCCAUCCAAAAGAAUAUCCGCUAAGGAUGCCUUAGCUCAUCCAUAUCUUGACGAAGGGCGAUUACGAUAUCACACCUGUAUGUGCAAAUGUUGUUUUUCCACUUCUACUGGAAGAGUUUACACCAGUGAUUUUGAACCCAUCACAAAUCCUAAAUUCGAUGAUACUUUUGAAAAGAACCUCAGUUCUGUCCGGCAGGUUAAAGAAAUAAUCCAUCAGUUCAUUUUGGAACAGCAGAAAGGAAAUAGAGUACCUUUGUGCAUCAAUCCACAAUCUGCUGCUUUUAAGAGCUUUAUUAGGUAACUUUCCACUGUUGCUCAGCCGUCUGAGAUGCCACCAUCUCCACUGGUCUGGGAAUGAAAGUGGAAGAUACAGUAUACUACUGAAGACAUAAUGUAGCUUUCCACUGGAUUCUGGGAUUUGCAAUUCUGGAGAUUUAAUCAUGCUUGUACUGUAAUUUUACUAAUGAAGUUUUAAAUUAACAACCACUAUCCUUGUAUGUUAUACAAAUAAGAGUUAGAAAAAUGUUAACUAGGCUUUUAAAUCCUGUCAAAGGUGGGGUUGUGCUUUUAGGAAAAAAAUAUAUAUUUUAUCCAGGGUUGCACUUUUUUUGUUUGUUAAAUUUAUGAAUUGUAGUGCAGCUGUGAAUCUUGCUUGGCUCGGAACAACAACAACAACAAAACGAUUGAACCAUUUUUUUUUCUUCAGUUUUAAAAGUGAAAUCGUAUCAAAGGACGAGCUAUUUUGAUAUUGAGCCAUUCCUGAAGAAUUGGGACUUUUGCUUGAAAAACAAAACAGGGAAUAAAAAACUUAAUCAUGACCAAUCAAAAAGCCUCAUCAGAGGGCAGUGCCCAAGCGUGGAUGGGCAACGUCACCUGGUGGUCACAUCCAUCUCCAUAGCUUCUCAGUAGCGAAGUGGUGACGAUGCCUGUGUGCUGUUUUCCAGUCUGAUUUUGUGAGUAGAGAGAAUGAGUUUUGACUAGGAGAGAAAAGUGUCUUUUCCUUUGAACCCUUCCCAAGUUAUAAAUAAAUAUAUAUAAAUAUA